CUUGAUUUUUAGAAUGGGGGGAAAGGUCCCAAAGAGUACAGAACUUACCUUUCUGUUUGAUCAAGCUGAUCCACACAGAGUGCUGACAUUACCGUCUAGCAGGAAGGUAAAUGUGGAGAUCAGAAGCAUAUCAUAAACGUUUAUAAUACCAGAAAUUGUGGGAGGCUUCUUGAAAAACAGCUUCUGUCAGAGGAAUGGCUUCAUCUGCUCUACAAAUACUUUCACUGCUGCUGGCUUUAGCUGGAUUCACCGUUUUACUUCUCACUACCAUGUCCAACAGAUGGAAAAUUUCUGGCAGCAUAGCAGUGCUGGUUCCUUCAGAUUGGAUUUCCGAAGGCCUCUGGAUGGACUGUGGAAUCACUGAUUUUGGAGCAAUACAGUGCAGGAAGUUUCUUCACAUGUUGAGUUCAGAGAUCCACGUUCAGGCAUGCCGUGCCUUGAUGAUCAUUUCCAUCCUUCUGGGAUUCGUAGCUGCCGUGGUCUCACUGCUUGGUUUAAAGUGCACAAACGUUGGGCUGAGUGAUGAGGAUGAAAAAAUGAAGGUUGCUGUCACCGGAGGAUUUCUUUUUAUUUUAGGAGGUCUCUGUUCGAUGGUGGCCGUUUCUUGGUAUGCUGCAAUGAUUUCUGCUCAGUUCUUUAACCCAAUAUAUGCUGGAACCAAGUAUGAACUGGGGGAGGCUCUGUACUUAGGCUGGGCUGGAUCUGUUCUUUGUAUGCUUGGUGGGAUCUUCCUAACCUGUUCGUGCAAAGGGAAGGAAAAACAGAAGUACAGUGUCCACAAAUACAGAUACGCAGCAGGCCAGGCAGCCGGGCAGCAGCAAAUUUACACCGCAAACGCUGAGACGGUCACAGGUUCCAAGGAGUGUCUCUAAACCUACAUUUUCACAUCACGUGUAACGUUACGAGGGUUUGAACUUACAUUAAAAAAAAAAUAAAAAAGGUCUCCUUCCAGGGAUUCAUUCUAUGUCACAGUCUUUCAUCUUAAUUUGGAGAUGGUCUACAUCUGAACGCCUCCUUCUGGAAAUGGCUUUGAAGUAGAAAUAGGUUUCUGCAGAUGGGAUGUGAAAUCCUGCAGCAUGGAGGCUGUCCGCGUGCUGAGAAGUCUGGCAAUAUUUAAGCACAGAGCAUGGGAUACCCUGAUAAGUGGGACCACCUUUUCCUGUUCCAGCUAACUAAACGGUGUGGAACUGGUAUGCUAUAGCUGCCUCUGGGUUAGUACAGCUCACUGUUAGAAAUGGUUUUACUUUCGUUAGUGUUGGGAACGUUAGCUUGUAACAGCAAAUAAGCUUCAUUCUGCUGACUGAACAGACUUUCUGAUGCAUAGUAACCUGCCCAUUAAUGAAGAGAUAGUCUGUGUGCUGGGGGUUUGAAAUCCAAGUCUCACAGUGUACUGAAAUACAUGUUAUGUGUGUAGUGAAGAUUUGUAAAAGCUUCAGAAGUCCCUUAAAAACAACCACUCACCUGCAUGUCCAUGGAUGUGCAACAAGUUCCUUGUUGGUUGGGUUGUAGCUAUGAAAAGUAAAUGCUACAGAGCAAACCAAACACAGCUGGAAGCAAGGAAAGCAAUAGGUCAGACUGUGCCUCAAGGUAACUAGAAGAUAGCACCAGUUUUUACUUUUUCCUUCUAUCUUUCCAGCUUCUAAAAUAACUGUAUUUUAAUUUUUGGCAGUCUUUUACUUCUGGAGUUCCUAUUGCAUCUGAAUUGCCUAAUUCAAGUAAUUCCGCAGUGGCUUUGUUCUCUGUCAUGGUUCCAACAUUACAAUUGCUGCCAUAAACUACUCCACUACUGGGAGCAUAUGUUACCUUAUGUAAGCACCUAAGACGUUGAAUAUGAGCUAAUUUUCCUUAAUAUUGAUGUCUUGAGCAACAUGAAAUGGAAUUUCUCACUGCAGAUUCACAGUUGUCAUUAAAUUAUGAAUUUGUUAAUAUAGUUCAACAAAAUA